AUGGUGGAGGACUUAGAAGCUUCCUACAUUGCUCUGAAAUUGGAGAAUGAAAUUCUGCAGACCCACAUGCAGUGGCUCAUGGAAGAAAAUGCUGCCCUGCAGGCCCAGAUCUCAGAGCUCCAGAAGCCCCAAGCAACCAAAGAGGAUGAACCUCUCCAGAAACCCUCAGAAGCCUAGGAACCCCAGAAAUGCCCAGAGUCCCUGGGUCCCCCAACAGUCUGGGAACUCCAAGAUCCCUCAGAGGUUGAAGGGCCCCAGACCCGAGAUCCCCAGGAUCUCCCAACCUGGGAACCCCCAUCAGCCUCAGCCCAGGAGCCCUCAAUGGUCCAUAAGCUCUCAGCAGCCUGGGCCUCCCAAAAGCCCCCAAAGGUCAAAGAGCUCCAUUAGUCCCCAAUCACCCAGGAUUCUCAGGAGCCCCCAGAUACCCAGGAUUUCCCAGUGGCCCAUAAGCAACAGAAUUCAGAGCCUCGACCCCCAAAUGGUCAGGAGCCUCAGGAGGCACCAGAAUGUCAAGAGACCUCAACACACCUGGAGCCCCUUGAGCUUGCGGCUCACCAGGAGUUGGAAGAGCCUCAGCUGACCCAGGGUCCCCUGGAUCCUUCAGAUACCCAGGAGUUCUUGGAAGUCCCAGCACCCCAGAAGCCCCUGGAGUACCUAGUAGCUGGGACAUCAGCAGCUUCAGAGUUCCCACAGUCCCCCAGGGGGUUAGAAGAUGAAGUUUUCCUGCUAGAACACCCUUUAGCCUUUAAUGGGAAUGCCCAGAAGCUUCCUGAGCUCCUGGUUCAGUUGAAUAGUUACACGAGAGUCAGAAAGCUCCCAUAUCCCACUGAAGCAGCCCUGGUGAGCUUUGUUAGAAAUUUCUCAAGCAAAGCAGGACUGUGGUUCCAGCCCUUAGUACUUAUCCAAAGAGACCUACUGGAGCAAUUUGAAGGUUUCAUACAAGUGCUCCAGGAUCCUUUUAACAAUCCUGAAAACAUGGAAAAUGCCAACCACUGCAUCCUUCAGCUCUGCCAAAGUGAUGACUCUGUCCACCAGUAUGAGACCCACUUCAUCCUCAUUACUCAAAAGUUAAGCUGCAUCCAAUUUCAGGAAGGGCUUGCCAGUUGAGAUGAACUAUCUCACACAAGGCCAGCUACCAACCUAUCUGAUUUGAUUACCCAGUGCAUCAGCUGAGAACAGAAGCUAAGUGGUAAGCCUGAUACAAAUUCACAAGGGGUAAGUCCCUCUGAGGAGAGAACUGUACCUGGGAGUCCACCAGGUGAAAAUCAGCUUAUGCAGCCUGCCAGCAACUACCUACAUCUCACUGAAGCUGAAUGGGCCCACCAUCGUGAAGCACUGUGCCUCUACUGUGGUCAUUCUGUACAUUUUGCCAGAGAUUGCCCUGUCAAGCCUCAUCGAGUCCAGCAAGCAGGAAACAUAGAGGCCCAGCAGUAA